AUGCAGUUAAUCACAACCUAUAAAGAGACUCUAAAGAGAUCUGGAAAAGAUCUGAAAGAAAAACAGGAGCGACUUAAGGGGCCAACAAAGACUUUAAACUGGCGGGGCCCUCCUCAGUUGAGCACCAGGCUGGGGGGGGAAGAGAGUAACCAAGCCCAAAAACAAGCAGCAGCAACAACAACAGAAACCACUGCCUCCUCGACGAUAUUAGAGGUUCCUACACCACAGAUCACCGCACUCUCUUCACAAGAACCUAUCUUUGAUGGCAGGUCUGCUCUCCGCCAGAAAUUUUUAAGCACAGGCAUUGGUGAGGAAGCCACCAACAUUAUGUUGAAUUCAGUAUCAGAAAAUACACUUAGGCAGUACUUACCUUACCUCAGGGACUGGCUUAUAUACUGUUCAUCUAACAAUAUUAGUACAAAUACUGCCAAUAUUUCACAAAUUAUAACUUAUCUCACAGUAAAGUUUGAUGAAGGGUUCUAUAGGUUGAGACCAAAUAAUCCCAAAUAUCAAUUCACUUGGAAUGUAUCAGAAGUGUUCAAUUACCUUGAGCUUCAUCAGAUGGAUACAAAGGAUGUAAAAUUCCAAACAAAGAAAACAGCAAUGCUGUUUGCUCUAGCAACAGGACAAAGAGCACAAACCUUAGCAUCAGUGGAAAUUGACAAAAUAAAAAUAGAGAAUGACAAGAUUUGUAUUACAAUCUCCAAAUUGUUAAAGACAUCAGGCCCCUACAGACAGCAGCCAUUGCUUGUAUUACCUUUUUUUGAUUUAAAACCUAAUGUUUGUCCUGCUAGAGCAGUGAUUAAUUAUUUGAAGUUAACUGAACAAAUAAGAGGCAAGCAACAUAAAAAAUUUAUUUAUUUCAUUUAA